GAAAGUUUAUCACAAAUCUAAAAUUCGUAUGAUUAUGGCUGAAACUGAUAAUCCUCUAACCAUGGGUAUUCCAAAUAUCUAUAAAAAUCUAUGUAUUUCUGCUAGUUGGAUAAAUAGUAAUAAAAUUAGUGUAUAUGCUACCAAAAGUAUAAAUGAUAAAGAUUGCAACAGGCAUGAUCCAGCAGUCCAUAUUUUGAAACCAGAAGUAAUUUUAUUUUCACCACAAUUACGUAAACUUGUCAAUGAAAGUAAUGGUGUUUUCUUAUCCGUUCGGAAAAUAAAAUCAUCUUCUGGUGAUGUCAGGACAGAACUUUUGCAACAUAGCAAACAAUAUCGAUCCAUCUUAAGGGCAUGUAUAGAAAGUUUACAAGAUAUAUGUGGAAAAUCUUUGUACAAUAAAACGGAAUCAUUUGAAAACUUUCUUACUAUUUUUUAUCAAAUAGAAUGUGUGUGGCAUUUAACUGAAAUACUUUAUAUAGAUACUGUACCAGGUGAUGUAGUUUUACCACAAUUGCUAGAAUGGAUUAAAUUUCAUUUUCCAUCUACUGAACACAUGGCAAGUAAAAUAUUAGCCCAGAAAGCACUGGGUGCUGAGCUGAAACAUGCAAAUUAUUGGGAGACAGUUAUACGUUGUGUCUUACAUGGAAAGCUAGAUUCAGUACAAGCUCUUUUAUCAUUACACAGUAAAGUAGAUCAUCCUGCUUUUGUAACGGCAGAUAAUAUUCUUAAAACAAUGCCAAUGUACAAUGCAUUUGGUAGUUACUCUGUGAAUGAAUUCAUUAUGCGUUGGAAACAUUGGCAAUUAGAUUUAUGUGCAAAUAUAAGUAGUAAAGUUUUUAUUAUUGAUGCGAGUUUAGAAAUGACUAUGAAGUUAAUUGCAGGAGAACAAGAAGUACUAUGGCAACUGUCAUCAUAUACAGAUGCUUGGUAUGAACUGUUAGCAGCAAAAUUAUUGUAUACAUGUCCGUGUUGUAAACAACCUGAACUCGCUUACCAUGCAAACAGUAUUUCCAAAAGAUGGCAGGCUAAUAGACCAUCUGAUAAUGCUAUACGUGCUUUAAUGGAAAGUGAUUUACAUCAAGUUAUUAGAGAAAUACAAUACAUGGGUGAUAACGGAUGGUUUGCAACACAUUUAGUAGAUUUACUUUACACUUGUGGGAGACUUAAAAUUUUAGAUAGAGAUCAAAUUGAAGUUACUAGACAGCUUCAUGAGUCUCUGAUAUUGGAAUACGGUAACACAUUAAUGGGACAUCAUUCUUUGUGGCAAUGUGGCGCAAGUUAUUUAAUACAUUGUUCUAUACAAGGUUUAGCAAGACUUGAAUUAUUAAUACAAUCACUACCAAUGGGAUCAGAAGCCAGAGUAAACAAAAUUAUAGAUAUGGCAUGUACUAAUAAAAUGGACCAUGUUGUCACUAGUGUAUGUAAAAUCCAAGGAAUAAAAUGUAUAAAGCAAGGAAGACUUGGAAAUGCACUUGCAUGGGCACUAAAGGCACAAGACAGUAGUUUCAUAACAUACAUAGCUGAUCAAUUUUUAAAACAGUAUGCGGAAACUGGCAAACUUGAAUGCCGCGAUCUCUUAGAAAAUUUAGGUUUUUGUAUGAUGGCAAGCGACAGACUCACAUUUUUAGGGAAAUAUUGUGAAUUUCAUCAAAUGUAUGGUAUUGGAGAAUAUAAAGAAGCAGCAAGCUUACUGGUAUCGCUUCUAGUUUCAAAUUUAACUCCAAAAUACUUUUGGUCGAUUCUUCUGUCUGAUGCUAUUCCAUUGUUAGAAGCUAAAGAUGUAAUUCUAUCUUCGAGUGAUUGUUAUGAAUUAUUACGCUGUGUAGAAGCGCAUGGACAUGACACAAAGUUUCAAGAUGAAAUUGAAAUCUUUCGAUUAGCAGUUGCUAGAAAUUUGGCGCGCGCGUUGAGUCUCGAAGGCUGCCAAGUUGAACACUAA